UGUUGGGUUCAUUCGGGGGAGGAUUUUCUCACCUGGAUUAUACAGGAAUCAUCGACCCGUCCAAUCACGACUUCGUGCUCGGCCUGAUGGGUGAAGCAGAUUCAUUUAGUCCAGAAGUUCACGUCAACAUCCCAGGGUUCAGCUCAGGUGUGACAGCUGCUCUGUCUGCAGACCACAGCAGCAGCUCCGGUCUGGAUUUAUCUACAGAUCAUGUUCAUCCAGCUCAUGUCAGCAUCGACCAACCAGGGUUAGACCACUCCUCUCUGAGCUCAGGACCUGACCAAUCCCUUUUUAGCUCUGUCUCAGGCUCCUCCCACUCUGCUGCCCAGGAAGCUGGCGCAGCCUCAUCAUCUUCAUCACACAGUGAAGAUCACAGAGAACACACAGGAAACGGUCGACAGACUCAACUGACAGAUGCAAACGGAGUGACUGACAGACCAGUUUCCCUCAGCGACCUCCAGACUGAUCUUAUAGGUGGAGCAGAGUCAGUGACGGGUCACAUUGAUCUGACAGGUCUCGGACUGGGACAUGAUGUCACAGGCAUUUACUCCCACACAGACCUGGUUACCGCAGCGACCGACUCUACAGGCUUAGUUUCAGCAGAUCCUACAGGAACAGGAAGUCCAUCUGACUCCAGUCAUCCAGCUGUGACAGACCACACACAGGUGGCUGGUUCAGUCACUGAACAGUACAACCCAUCUGGUCAGGGUCCUGAAGGUGCAGAAAAUGUGGAACUGGAGGAUACCUGCUGACUUCCACAUUAAGCCACGAGUUCGAUUCCUGCGCUACAGAUUCCAGUGUACCGACCAAUCAGCAUGGCCCAGGAAACAUGACUCCUCCCACUAGUUGUAGACGCCGCCCUCUCAGCAGCAGUGUCUCAUGUUUUUUUAAUAUUUAAAAUGUGGAGUUUGUUUAUAGACUUUUAUUUUGUUUUAGAAUCACUGAGCAGAAAUACAAACGUUUUGGAGGAAUCUUGACUUGAUGACAUCAUACAGGAUGUGACAUCAUCUUCACUGUCAGGAUUGAAAUGUUUAAACUUCCACAAUAAAUGUUUUUGACUAUUUUGAACAUCAAACUGAGAAUUUGUCUUCAAUUCAAAACGAAGAGGAACUUGAAUUGAUCUUUAUUAGUAAAACUGAUCUGAUGAAAUCAUUUUCAGUUUCACACUUGAUCUGACCUUUGACCCUGUCUUCAAUGUUUAUAAUUUAUUACAAUCCUCCUCUCCCAAGAGCAAGAAUAAAUCCAACAGCUAGAAUUUGAUGUAAUCGAUAUAAAAAUGUUAAAACAUGAUCAAACAAAUAUAAACAUAUUGACGACAGAGGCUUUUAUAUUGAAGGGCAGCUCCUUGAUCACAGAGCAUCUGUUCAAGUCUGUGUCGUCUGUUUCACUGGUUUCUGUGAUUUAUUCUGACCUGUGACACUUUACCUCCACGCUUCAUUCUGAGCAGGACAACCAUCGAAAUGCUACAUGAAUCAGUCGUUCUGCUUUGUCACUCAGAAAAAACUGUUUACGCAAAUUCAGUUUGUUCAGCUCGGUUCACUCUCUGGGUUCAGAAAAUAAAAUCAGAGCAGGUGACCCUGAACACAACAUGAGCCUAAAGCAACAGAAAGACACGGAGCGGUACGAGAGCACACUGAUCAACUAUUUAAUCAAUCAUCAACAACAUGGCUGAUACCUGAUCUAAUCGAUCAGAUCCAUCAAUCUGCCUUCAUGUCGUCUCCAUGGUAACAGAGGUGAUGGGGGUGUUCUCAUUCAUAAUAAACUUUUCCAAAAAUAUACAGAUUCUUCUCAUUGAAUCUAUAUCUUAUACAUGAAAACAGAGACAAAUCAAAUCUGACUUAAACAUGCAGAACACGGAACAACCUGAUCACAUGAUCCUACCUCACCUGUCCACGUGACAUCAUCAACUGAGCUCAGAGCUGCUUCUCAUUGGACGGGCAGGUACAGACGUGACCCUGGUUCUCUGAGUUUUUUUUGUGACUGUCAAAUAAUUGAAAAAAGCUCAAA